CUGCGGCCGGGCCGGGCUGCCCGCGCCUCCGGGGCGCUGACUCAGCCGCAGCCGCCCGCCGCCCGCCGCCCGCCCGCCGAGCCGGGCCUGGGCUGCGCCCCGCGCCCCGACCCCGCCGGCCCCGGGACCCGCGAGCGCACGGGACGGCCUCGCCAGCUGCCGCCCGCGCAGGUGCCUGCUCCUGAGUGAAAGGCCACCGCUGUCGCCGGCCCCCCGCGGUCACGUCCGGCCACCCACCCCCCGCCCUCCCAGAGCAGCCUGACCCAGAGUGCGGGCCACCCGGCGGCCCUUCUGACGUGGUGACCGCUCCGACCGGCAGGCGUGGAAAAUGGUACCUGUCGACCCCGGGUUGGAGGAGGAGCCCGCAGCCGCAGCCCCGACAUGGAGGAGCCCACGCCCGAGCCCGUCUUCGUGGACGUGGACAAAGGGCUGACCCUGGCCUGCUUCGUCUUCCUCUGCCUCUUCCUCGUGGUCAUGAUCAUUCGCUGCGCCAAGGUCAUCAUGGACCCGUACAGCGCUAUCCCCACGUCCACCUGGGAGGAGCAGCACCUGGAUGACUGAAGUGCGGCCGGGGACCCCGAGUCCCCCGGCUGCCUUGUGUCCCCUGGCCGCCCGAGUCCCCCGGCCACUCCUGAGUCCCCCGGCACUCCCAAGUCCCCCGGCCACUCCCAAGUCCCCUGGCCGUCCGAGUCCCCCGGCCACUCCCGAGUCCCGCGGCCGCCCGAGUCCCCUGGCCACUCCUGAGUCCCCUGGCCGCCCCGUGUCCCCCGGCCGCCCGAGUCCCCCGGCCACUCCCGAGUCCCCCGGCCACUCUCGAGUCCCCCGGCCGCCCCGUGUCCCCCGGCUGUCUGCCUGCAAGCCCGUGGAGCCGGGAUGUAGGCGGUUCGCUGCUCCCUCUGGAGCCCCAGAGGGAAGUGAGUGGGGUGCCAAGUGGGGGCUUGAGGGUGGCCCGGCCUGGACAUGCCAACGGCACCGGCCCCAGGGGCCCGCGGAGGCCAUGCCUCGCGGGGACUCACUGUGGGACGACGGGGUGGCCCCCGUCCCUGGCUCCUGCACACCUUCUGGGAGGGGAUCCGGGGCAGACACGCACCAUCACGCAACAGAGCCCUCGCUGUGAGGACACCGUCUGCCCUUAACAUGCAAAGCAGCACUCGCGCCAGCCCCCUGACCCCGAGUCCGGCCCGGAGGCCGGUGGGUGUGCGGGUGGAGGCCGGCGUUCUCACAAGCAGCACAGGGCUGCUUCCGGGCAGUAUUUUUUUUUUUUUUAAACUAAAACACAGAGGGGUCUAUUUUUCCUGUCAUAAAUGAAAUGUGCAUCUUGGGAGCUUGGAAAAUACAGAAAAAUAGAAGGAAAAGGGAAAAUAACACCUAUAAUCCCACCUCCCCAAAGCCACCAUUUUGAUACAUUUCUCCCAGGCUCUUUUUACACAUCUUUUUAAAUAGCCCAAUUCACACGUACGCACGACAUUGUGCCGCCUCCUCCCGUCCCAUCAGCCCCCCCUCGGCCGUCACCCACAUCUGUGACCACGGAGCCCGCGAUGCUGGUCCCGAAUCCCGGCCCCCUUCCUUCCUCGCUACAGGACCCCAAACAGCUCGGUCAGCCUCUCUGAGCCCCAAUUCCCUCACCUGUGACACGAGGGAGUGACGUCUACCUCACAAGGUUGUCGUGAGGACGGAAUGAAGGAGCACUCCUUGACUCCCCCACCCCGGGGAGAAGCCAGGGACCUGAGCCGGGAGCGCAUGGGCUCUGGGACCCCCUCCCUGCAGAGCCUGGGACCCUGGAAGCUCCUCAACUUCCCGGGGCCGCUUCCAAAGCCAAAUCUCCCAGCCAGGACCCCUGGUCAAAGGGACACUCACAGCAACCUCUUCCAGCACCUGACCUCAAGGGAUAUGGUGUCUAUCGAUUUACGCAACUGUCAUUGUCAUAUGUUUAAGCACACACGGUGUGCAGUUAGGCUGGACUGCCUGAAGCCCCUUCCUCCGAGGCAUCUAUGCCGUCCCUGCAAGGGGUGGCCGGCCACCCCCGAGGGACAGACCUGCAUCCGUGGGGAAACCCAAUGCUCCCUUCCCCUCACCGGCAUCCCCGCUCCGGGCCCCCCUGCAACCCAGGCCACCCGGGCAACAGGUUUCCAAAGCACCGUCACCACCAGGUGACCCCGAAAAUGAACAAGACCACGGCUGUUCAGGCACGUUCCGGGGCCUGUCCGGCUGUCCUCCCCCCACACACGCGCGCGCACACGCUAGGUGGGACGCACAAAGGGACAGCUGGGAGAGGCAGCGAGCCCAGAUGCGCUGGAGGCUCUGAGAGAAGGAUCUAGAGCAAGGACCUUGUGCAUUGCCCCAGGCCCAGCAGCAGCCUUCACUGUGCAGCCUGCCUCAGAGACACGCACUUCUGUGAAAAGCGCAUCAGCAGGGAUUUGCAGUGUGAAUGAGCGCCAUCUCCCCGUCAGUUAAUAGCAAGCCCCAGGAACAAGGAACAGUCUGGAAGGCCUUGGCUGGAGGUACUUCAGAAUCCUCAGGAGUGACGAUCAGGCGCCCUAGGGCCGUGCCACCCGAACUGUGGUGAGAGACAGAGUACAUCUCCAGGGGUGAGGAGCAUGCUGGGAAUCCAGAACCCGGGCCCCACCCCGGACCUGCGGGGCCAGCGUCCCUGGGGGGUGGCGCUCAGGAACCUGUGGGCGAGACCCGCUGAGUGCCAGCCGGGCACACGGGAGUUAGAGAAGCACGGCCCCCGGAUCCCUGGCCCCACUUCCCUCUUUUCCACACUUAACAUCUGUGGGUGUUUCCCACCGUCUCUCUGGACUGGUUUGUUGUUGUUGUUUGGUUUUGGUGGCAAGAGGGAAGAAUAUUUCAGAAAAGAUAAAAAAUAAAAAACUCACGCCCCAUCCAAGCCUCCUGUCAAACAGCGAUUUUCACUGUGUACCCAUACGCCCCCUUCUGACCCUUGCCCGAAUGCAAGAUAUACUCCUUAGAAAUGUCAUCAGUUACAUCAUCUAAAACCCUGCUCUCUCCUAACAUUACCUCUGGAGCCCGCUGCCACGGCCUUCCCCGUUACCCUCUCGGUGGCCGUGGACGAGCCGUCUGGUGCAUCGUCCACGUUCCCAUUAGGAAGCGCUUGGAUCACUUUCAUUUUCCCUGUCCUGCACGUGCCAGGAGACGCAGGUGACGAAGGCCGCAAGCUCGCUCAGGACAGCGGGGAAUAAAUAUUCACACCACACCCCCUCCACCUAAGAAAGCCCCAGGCCAGGGACGCCUGUCUAGGCCUUUGGCCCCGUUAAGGGGAACGCCAGGCAUCUGCCGCUACUCCCUGAUGCUAAGGGAGGAGGAGGGGGUCUUCUGCGAUCAGAUCCUCUGAGCCAGUUCCUGGCUAGUUGAGGUGAGCUCUGGGGUUGUGGAUGGAGAGAGAAACCGUCCCGCAAAAGAAGUGAGCAGCGUUUUUGAGGACUGGAAGCUGGCAGAGAGGGAAUGGAAGCAGAAAGAGAGAGAGGCCUGUGGGGUUGGCCACAGCUCGAGGCUUAAGGGAAACGGGGACCAGACGGAAACUCCCCGCCGCACAGAACGGGAGAAGGGCUCUGCUACAAUCCCUCCCCGUUACUCCAAACCCUCAGUAAAGUCUGACACGCAACCCCUUUCGCGUGGUGUCUGGGGCCAUCUGCACGGUGGGCGGUGCGACGGAGUGCAGGUGGGGUAACAAAAAUGGGCAGAAGCGGGACACCAGGACGACAGUCAGCGGGGGAAACACGGCCCCUGAGGACGCACAGACGGGCCGACCUGAGCAACGGGCCACGAGCUUCACCAGCUCGCAGCAUCAAUUCCACCGUCUCUGUUGGGUCUUUUCCAACUAGUCGCUCGCGUCUAUGUGGUUUUUAUCGAAUCGAAAGACGCGGGUCUCCCUCGCCCAAACAUCAUCCCAGACCUCGAGGUCAACCCAACCUUAAAGGGGCCCGUCCUGCUUCCAACACCAGCCAGAGAGGACUGCCAAGCCGGUGUGGUUUCCUGCCCCGCGGUCUCGCCGCUGAGGACCGGUCCUGUGGACUGGUCCUGUGAUGGGCGACGACCUGCGGGGGGCCCCCUGGCCCAUGGCCCGGCCUGCGGACGGGUGCCCCAGCUGAGCUCCCUGGGCACACACGGGUCAUCUGCAUCCAGGGGGACACACGGCCUCAGCUCUGCCAGCCUUCCCCCUGCGUGUCACUCCUGGACGGUCACCAGCUAAGGCCCUGAAUCAGUCAGCAUCCCGGCAGGAAGCAGAAGGCACAGCCAAAGCGUUUAUGCUUCGAGGGCUUAACGGAAGACUAUUCAGAGGUCAGGCAGGGCUGAGGGAAGCGACACGGGAUAGAAAAGCACCACACAGGCCACGGGGGGAAGCCGUGGCCAGCUUGGCCUGAUGUGGCAAGGAGAAGGAAAGUCCUCAGAACCCGGCAGGAGCCGUGGCCGCAGGGAGACGGUUAAGACUCGUGCCCGAACUGCAGCCCAGCAGGAAGAGCGUGGAGGGAAACACAUACCUGGACCUCGACACUCCCCCGUCCAGCCUCUCCUCUGGACCUUCCAUCAGCCAAAAACAACAGAACCUAACGGUCUGGGAGCCCCCGGCGAAGCGGUUCGUGUAUGUUAGCGUUCUGGAGCAAACGAAACGUUAACGAGUACAACCCACCCCUACUACAUUCAGCAUCCGUUCAUGACCUCUGCUUGGAUGGGGAAAAAUCACAUGCCCUCCACGCAGGGGAACGAAGGUCCAUCUGCCGCCAUAUUGUCUGGGCGGGGGAGGGGCGAUACCGACCUGGGCCCACUGCCCACCCGGCCCGUACCCGCCUCUAGGUGAGUAAACGAAGCGGUUCCUAUAACGCACAGCUGCUACGGCCCUCGCCUCCAGGCCUGGGGCUUGAAGCGUGGUGUCAUUUUCCAGCACCUUCUCCACGACCCCUCACCUCCUGCGUAUCCUUGGCUCUCGGGAGUAUUCUAUCGGGUGGAAUCUCGCAAACCUUCAUCUGUGGAGGAUCCAGACUCCUGGCGCCCGGUCUUCUUUGGGCCGCCAGCUUCAACAGGCCCACAGGGGACGUGAAGGGGUCUGAAGGCCUCACGUGGAGGCGUGUUUGGAAGCUCGGAGCACGCUAGGCCAACACCGCCCCGACCCUGGUCUCGGGACAGAGAACGUCAGCGUCGCUGGGGAGUCUGUUAGGAUCCGAGUUCACGCCCCCACCUCAGACCUGCAGAAGUGGGGGGCACGGGACGGGGGUCCCCAGGGAGCCGCUUGCCCCGGCUGUGUGGAGGGAACCCCGCUUAACACGGCUCCUGGGAUGGGCCCCCCCGGCGGCACGGUGAGCCCCUUCUCUGCCCCCGCGUUCAACACGAGGCAGCCCGAAUGACCACAGCAGGAUCUCAGUUUCUAGCCUGACAGACCCACACCCGUGUACCCCUGGGGGAAGCACUUCCUCUCCCUCGCGAAGAGUUGUGUUUUUUUUUUUUUAAUGUUUAUUUAUUUUUGAGAGAGAGAGAGAGAGUGUGAGCAGGGAGGGGCAGAGAGAGGGAGACACAGAACCUGAAACAGGCUCCAGGCUCCGAGCCAUCAGCACAGAGCCCGACGUGGGGCUCGAACCCACAGACCGUGAGAUCACGACCUGAGCCGAAGUCGGACAUUUAACUGACUGAGCCCGCAGGCACCCCAGCCUCCCAAAGAAUUUUCAAAGCCACCAGGUCCGAGGAGACAAGGGCGAGAAGCAGAAAUUCCGUACGUGGGUCGUUAGGUCUAAUAGCGGGAGGAUUCACUUGUCUCCAUCCCUUGGCUCCGGGACCUUCCAGGCAGGGGGAGACGGUGCCCCUGUCUGCCCCAGACACCCCCGAACCAUCGGGUCUCCUGCCGUGCUGGGUCCUCAAGGCACCACCGCCCGGCCCCUCCCAGUCCGCGGAACCCAGCAUCAGUGAAGUCCGGGGGGCUCCUGCCUUCAGGCUCCUUUCUCCGCAGUAUUGCAGGGACGCUCCAGGCAUCCCCUCACGUACUCCCAGCAUUCACCGAGGGCGGCUUAAUUUAGGGACUAUUUGCAGAAGUGUAGACGAGUUUAAGAGAACCAGCAGGGACGGUGAGUCAGCCAGGACUGGGGACAGUGAGAAGCCAUUGUCACCGCUUGCCUGGGGAGGGACAGUGGCCCCGGAAUCCAGCAAGGGCGGUGGCCACGCUCUCUUUGGGAGCCGUGAGCCACGGUGGAGGGACACAGGGGGACACAGGCCCCCAAAACCAUGGCCCAGAAGGGAGGGGUGCGGAGAACAAAUACCCCGACCUCUUUCUCCCUCUGCACUUUCUCCUCUGCUGCCCCCCGCCAGCCAGGAGCCACAGGACAGGAGCCUGGGCGAUGUCAUCCACAGGGGUGGCCUCCCGGGACGAGACAGGGCAGGGAAGGCUGGAGAGGAGGACGGGGCGGAAACUGCAUCGGGCUCUCGGUGUUUUCCCUGCAGCAGAUCUCAGGCACGGCCCCGCUCGUGCCCCAAUACCAGCUUUCUGACUUUGAGUGUUCGGGAAAGAGGCCGGGAGCAGCAGUCCUCGAUGCCCCCUGGGCUGCUUCUGUGCGGUGGUCCACUCCCCCUCCGCCCGGCUGCCCCGGACACAGGGGCCUUGCCUCGUCCUGGGAAUCCCCUCCUCCAGGAAAAGGAGCGUCUUCUGGUCUGACACACAGUCAAGAGGGUCCACAGAGCUGACAGCCUUUCGGCCUGACCACACACGGAAGCAGCCGGCCGGCACCCCCCAUAGUCACGCUCGAUAAGCCCCCCACCCCCCGCACAGCACUGAGCCCACGAGGUGCGGAGAGGUGGGGCUUCACCCCGGAAGCAGACGGGGACUCGGAACAGUGACCCCAGGCUGAGAGACUGGACACCCAGGAGGUCCUGUGAGCACAUCCUUCCUCCUCGCGGAUCGCCAGGUGAGGCACUGCUAUGACCCAGAAGACCUUGGAGCCGGGCUCCCAGAUGUGACAACGGGGCACUUUGCAGGGACAACGCCCCCCACACUUAUGAGCAACUCCCAUGUGACAGCGGUUUGGACAAAGGAGUAAGGCACAGCCCUGUCCCGGAGAAGCCACCUGCCCUCGGUCAAGGCCAGAGUUCCAACCACUGAGCCGUAAUUCCCCUGGAGGCUCGAAGCUCUGGAGCCGGGUCUCAGCUCCGCCGCCCAGCUGGAGGUGCGAGAGGGACACGUGUCUUCAUUUACACAGAAACUACCAGAGACAACGUGGGGCCCAGAGAGGGGGGCGAGGGGGCCCUUCCUUGGGACUCGUGCUUCCGGGGGCCAGCGUAUUACAAACGGCCACGCACAGAUCCCCGUAAGGGGUCACGGGGGCCCCUCUGUCCCCUGAGAGCCCGCCUGGUGUCACCCAACCUGCACCCUCAGUGCCCCUCCCGUGAGACACGCCGGCGGGCUUCAGGGAGGCGGCGCCCAGGACGGAAGCAACUGGUUCUUGCCCCAACUGGGGGCAUUUCGCCGUUGUACCAAAUGUCUAUUUCCUUGCUCUCUUUCCGAUUUGUGCUUCUGGAAACCCUCACAAAUUAGCCUGGUAUUCACGACAGCUGCACGUGGCAGUGAAGGCACAUUUCACAAUAUUACCUGAUUCCUAUCAAUCGAUCUCUACACAGAUCUCCUCCUAACAGAUGACGAGCGAUACGAAUUAUUUACUUUGGCUGCGAGGGGGAGGCUGAACAUCAGGACUGCAAAGGGUGUUAUUUUUAUGAGACAUACGUGAAAGGAUUUAACUUUUUUUUUUUUAACAAAUUUAAACAUUUCAGCUUGAUUUAAAUAGUUUUGAUACGAAGCGUUAACAUUCUUCAGUUACAAUUUACGUCGUGCCUUUAAUCGUAGUGGAAAGUUUCAAUAUUAUCAAAGAAAACUAACGCAGAAAACGCACAGAGGAUAAGUUUAGUUUUGCAAUUUUUAACCUUAAGGGUUUGGGUGAAAAUAUUGACCUUUUGUACGUUCUGAGGACAAGUCGGUUUACUUUUUUCAUCACGGAGAUUCGUCUGUCAAUGGAGCCCACGUUAUGCGAAAAGCCUGGCUAUGACAAAAUAGUGAUUCUAACGAAGUGAAGGCAAUAAACCUUAAAACUUUCUUGGAAAACGUUUGUGAAACAAGUCACGUAUCUGUAGGUCUUCAGCGGUCAUCCGAAACGGCCAACACUGUUCAGGUACAGCGAUCAAAGUGUUGUGUCUGAUGCAAAGAACAGACUGGUGGUCAGCAGAGGGGAGGGGGUGGGGUGAGACAGGGGAUCGCGACGACCGGGUGGCGCAUGGGUGUCGAAUCCCUGUACCGUACGUCCGAAUGCAACAGGUCACUGGGUAUUAAUUAAACUUCAGUUAAAAAAAAAAAGGAAAAUAAAUUAGUUUGCUAUGUUGCCCCUGUUCAACCCUCAAA